AUGAUUACAUAAGAAAAAAUUAAAAUCAAUCUGAAUUCAUAAAAAAAUCUCACUUAAAAAUAGAUUCAUCCUCAACAUCUUUCAACAACUUUAUUAUUAAGAAAACAGGAAGAGAAUCCUUUUUAUGGCAAAUUUGAUCUGAUGGUUUAAAAUUUAGAACAUCUCUAUUAUUUAAACCCUUGA